GCCUUCCGGAGUCCCGCCCGCCAACGCCGCAGCCGCACUCUCUCGCGCCGGUCAGCCGCCUCCGCCUCGGGGAAGCUCCUGGCCGGAGGGGACUGAGUCUGCCUUGUUCUGACCUCUCCAGACUACCAUGCCGAGCAAGAGCGACCACAAGGACAAGAAAACUCCCAGUGAGGAUGAAAGGGGUGCGGACUUGGCCGUUCGAACUCGCAAAAGGAAAGCUGAUGUUGCAAUUUUUUUACAGGAUCCAGAUGAAGAAAUUUCUGCAAUGGAAAUGUCCAGGAAGAAACAGAAUGAAAACCAGCUGUCCUUAAAGUUUGAUGCGCAUCCACAGCCCCAUACGGUGAUCCCCACACCAGACAAAGAUGAUGAGCUUGGAAGUCCAGACUUCUCUUCCAUGCAUCAAAGGCUGAUUUCGGCUAGAGCGUCACCGUUGCCUGUAUUGGGCUGGGCGAAUAGGGAUGAAGUAUGGAGAAACAUGAUAAACAAGGAACAGGCAUAUGUGAGGGACAAGCAGUAUAUGCAAAGGCACCCGCUCUUGCAACCUAAAAUGCGGGUAGUGCUCCUUGACUGGCUAAUGGAGGUCUGUGAAGUCUACAAACUCCACAGAGAGACGUUUUAUUUGGCACAAGACUUCUUUGAUCGGUUCAUGGCAACGCAGCACAAUAUUGUAAAGACUCUUCUGCAACUUAUUGGGAUUUCUUCUUUAUUUAUAGCCGCAAAGCUUGAGGAAAUCUAUCCUCCGAAGUUGCAUCAGUUCGCAUAUGUUACAGAUGGGGCUUGCACAGAGGACGAAAUCCUUAGCAUGGAACUCAUCGUUAUGAAGGCACUUAAUUGGAAUUUGAGUCCCCUGACAGUUGUAUCCUGGCUUAACGUAUACAUGCAAGUCGCCUACCUGAAUGAGAUCUGUGAAGUGCUGCUACCACGAUAUCCCCAACAAGUAUUUGUGCAAAUAGCAGAACUUUUAGAUCUUUGUGUGCUGGACGUUGGCUGUCUGGAAUAUACGUACGGCAUUCUAGCUGCUUCCGCCUUGUACCACUUCUCUUCUUGUGAGUUGAUGCAGAAGGUUUCAGGUUAUGAACUGCGCGACAUAGAAGAGUGUGUGAAAUGGAUGGUUCCUUUUGCACUGGCCAUCCGGGAGGCGGGGAGUUCUCCGCUCAAACAUUUCAGAGGCGUUCCUGCAGAAGAUUUGCACAAUAUACAAACGCACAUAAAUACCUUUGAUUUGUUGGAUAAAGUUGAAGCACAACGGGCCAUACUGGCUGAGAAAAACCGGACAUCACCUUUACCUACCGGUGUCCUCACUCCACCGCAGAGCAGUAAGAAACUGUCUUUUACAUCUCAGCAGCUGUGACCGCACAAGCUGCCCGGACUCGAGGACCUUUUUUUGUGGCUAAAGUGCCUCUUUGUUUGUCGAUUCUUGGUUCUCUACUGUGAGAUGCUGCCAAUGACAGAGAAGCCUUAUGAAUUCUUAAAAGGAAAACUUGUGUUUUUUUUUUGAUGGAUGAAACUUGCAUUAUGAGAAUUAUUUUUACUGAACACUUUUUAAAAAAUGACCUGAUCAAGUCCACCAACCACCUAAAAAAACAGGCAUUUGCUUGAUUUUGCUGCUAAGGAAGGUGAUACUUGAUGUGCUGGUAGGUUGCAAGACGGGCUUCGGCCCCUGCUGCUUUUGGAGCGCCGAACUGGAGAUGCUCUAGCUUGGGACUAACUGUGGAAAGCAAGCAUCUCUUCAGACCUUUAGUUUACAGGUUGGUACUUUUUAAAAGAGAAACACUUUUUGUAAAUUCUAUGAUGUCUCUUGAUUUUUAAAUAAAAUGCUAU